AUGAGCGUUCGGCGCGAUGAGGCAGACCGGGUUCUCCGAUUGAAGAGUCGGGAGAGAGAAGCCCAUGCGUGUUACCCCUGUCGGAAACGCAAGGUCAAAUGCGAUGGUAACCAGCCCUGUCGGACCUGCCAAAAGCGAAAACAUCCGCAAAUCUGCGAGUUUGACAUUCCGGUGCAUUCGAGACGCAGAUCGACAUCUCACCAUAUCACUCGCUCAGCUUCGCCGACAGCACCUCACGCAGUGAUCGAGAACGUUGCCGAACCUCCACUUCAGAACAAUGAUAGUUCUAAAAAUUAUGUCUACUCGGGGGAUAACUCUGUGGUCUCGAUCUUGCGCUCACGAGCAUCGGAUGCUAAUGAUUCCAUGGCACGUGAAGUGGGCUCUGUUUUGGGUCUCCAAAACACAUUUAACAGCUAUCCAUUUAUGGACUCGAAAACCCCUUUAGAAAAGUGGGAAUCUUUGCUACAAGUUGUACCACAGCGAACGGAAAUCUUGAAAUUUUUUCAUUAUUACCGCGUGACCGCAUACCCAUACAAUCCAAUUCUGGCUGAUAUGGAUCGUUUUGAGGCUGACCUGUGCACAUACCUCAAUGCUCAUGCCUUGGGAGAAUUCAAGAACCCAGAGAAGAUCACGGAUCGAUGGGCAACGGACAAAUCCAUUGGCCACAUUAGCCUCUUACUGGCCACCCUAGCAGCUGGGGCUCACUAUUCCGAUGUGGAACACCCCCAAAGAUUGGAACUUGCUACGGAAUUUGCCCGCAGAUCAUUUCACGCUCUUCGUCUUGCAAACUUCCUCUUUCGACCAUCCUUGGAUGCGAUUCAAGCGCUUCUAAUAAUAGGAAACACAAUGCAGAACAUGGGCCAGUCAGACGCUGCAUGGGCGUUGCUCGGCACGACAGUUCGAUUGGCUCAGACCAUGGGACUUCAUACUGAGAGAAGCACCAUCCACUGGCCUGAGUCGACUGUCGUUUGGCAAGACAGUCUUCUCUGUCUCUGCUAUGAUCGCCCACCCAUUGUUUCCGUGACAGGGUGGUCAAUUGACCACGCACAUUUUGAACAAAACGACUUGUCAUAUCCAGACACAAUGCACCUUAUAUGCCGUCUAGGCCUAGACAUAAUGCGACCGGAAAAUCUUGGAGUUACGGAAGUCGAUAGAGCUAUUGAAGGGCUCCAAAGGCUGGACGGUGUGGGCCAGCGGAGUCAGAAUUACUUGCGAAAUCGGGAAAAUUGUAUCACCAUUCGUCAGAAUCUUGAGCACCUGGCACUCAGGAUGCAUACGUCGUUUUGUGUAUCUGUGAUUUGCCGACCGGCUAUGAAACAAUCCCAGCCCCAGCCACUCCACCCACAAGCUGACUUACUUCGAACACGCGCAAGAGCUGGCUUGAUUGAUGCAUCCAAGGCGUUCCUUGACUUCCAGGCUCUCAGCGUUGUUCCCUUGCGGAGCUGGUCGAUGGUACAUACAGUCUUAAGUUCUACUUUGCUUCUUUGCAUCUGGGAAGAGACGCGCCAUGACCCUGAGUGCCGCAGUCUGCAGCAACAGGUGAUCGAUGUCUUUUCGUCAUCGGAUUCAAGGACCGCAGAGGGAACUCCGUCUGAGAGCGACGGCCAGUGGUUAUCUGCUCGACACAUCCGAGCCCUGGUUACCCUGCGAAGUGCUUUGGACCGAGAAGGUGACAGGAGUACAAAUCAACCUGAGAACUUGGAGAUGGGGCUUGAGGCUGCCCCAGGCCUCAAUCUCAACAAUCAGGCUGGCUACAUGCCAGUGGAAAUGAUGGACCCGUUCGGUAUUUCACCGGUAACAUACUUAGACUCAAUUAUGAAUGUCCCCCUGUUCGACUUUACACAAGAGAAUGGAUUCCUGUGA